AUGCUUGCUAUCUUUCGAGGCAGGUCGUCUGCAAGCGGGCGAGGACUGGCCAAGCAAAGACGAAAGGCUGCCCGGUGGUCUCAGCCAGGCAAUAUUAAGGGCGCUGCUCGAGCCCCGAUCCUGCGACAUCUCUUUGCGCUCAUUUCUUCAACGCGUACACGGCACAAUCCAUUGCCUGCCUCCCUCUUGUACACUGUACACCAUCCAUUUCCCAUCAUUGUAACGCAGCCAGGGUCAGCCCUCAGCCUCAGCAUGGAACCGCCACUCACUGAUGAGGACGUCCUUUCAAAGGCACUGGAGAUUAUUGUUAAAAUGACGGAAGGGACCCUGCAAAUCGACAUGAACCGUUUCCGAACUGCACCAUCAUUGGCAACACUUAGCGGCGAGUACGGGAUGGCAGUCAAGCUGAUAAACGAAUCCCGCGCCUCCUUCAUCAAGGCCAUCGAUGGAGACUCAGAAAACACUACCGGCUUCGAAGAGAUGAUCGGAAAGCUCAAGAGCAAUUUGAAAAGUCAUGAAGCGGGAGCAGGGAAAGUCUUGUCCGAAUUUAGCAGGCUAAUGCAUCGUCUGUCAUCCACCAACACAAAGAAGGCGGGUGCCUCUGGGAUGGAGUCGUGCGAGGCACCGCAGAUGCCGCAACUCAGGAAGCUGCAGGCCGGGGUGAAUUUCUUUAGACCUCUCGUGAAGGAUAUUAUGGACAAGACAGAACGAGGGAAUUCAGAGAUCUCAUUCAAGGACCUCCUUGUCAUGUUAGCUGCCUGUACGGUAUUCGACCUGAUGGAGGAAGGCUGCACACGACACAAGUAACAACACGCGUCACACCGGUUGGACAUUGUCGAGAUGGGCGACCUGCGAGCUCUUAAACAUGCUGAGCAUUACCAUAGCUACUUUUAGU